UGUGAACAUGCGCUGGGGCCAAGCGCUUGUCUGUCUGUCUUGCCAGAAAGUGUAUAAAAGGUGCACUUCCGUGAAGUGUUGUUUCAUGGCGCUGAGUAAGAUGGAAACAAUCUUUGUUAUGCAUAAAUGCAUCUGAAACAUUUGGGUAUCAUAAUUUUUUAAGUUCUUUAGUAAGGAAUUUUAAUUAAAUUGUGUAUUGUUAUAAGGAAAUGGCUAGUAGUAAAGGUGCAGAAAAAGCUCUAGAAUUAUUGAGGUAUUUACCUCGUAUAUCUUUAGCUAAUGUGAAGCCAAAUAAAGGAGAAUUUCGUCGAUUGGGCCGUUCGAGAGGGCAGCAUGGUGGCAUGACCCAUGGACAUGGGAAUAAAGGCUCUAAGCAGCGAUGUUCAUAUCCAAGGAUUGGUUUUGAGGGUUAUAACAUGCCAUUUUAUUUGAAGGUCCCAAGAGAACCAUACUAUGCUGGGUUUUGGUAAUUAUUUUUUCUUCUAAAAAU